AUGCGGAAAAGCAUCGCACCUGCGGAAAGACUAGCUAUCACAUUAAGGUAUCUAGGAACUGGAUGCUCGUUUGAGGAUUUUGAACUCUCUUAUCACCGUGGGGCCUCUACAGCAAGGAAAAUAGUACAAGAAACAUGUCAACUAAUUUGGAACUAUUUAAAAGCCGUUUGUAUUCCAGAACCGACCCAAUACAUAUGGAAUGAAAUUGCCAGCGGAUUUCUUCAAAAUACUAAUUUUUCUAAUUGUUUAGGCGCCAUAGAUGGGAAACAUAUAAGAAUUAUUCAUCCAUUCGAUACCGGCUCCUUGUACUUUAACUAUAAAAAAAUUUUUUCAUUAGUACUUCUAGCAACAUGCGACUCGAAUUUACUUUUUACGUUCGUGGAUGUUGGGGCAUACGGUAAAGCAUCCGAUUCUACAAUAUUUAGAGAAAGUGAACUGUGUAAUAAAAUACACAGAAAUACAUUAAAUAUCCCCUCACUACGAUAG